UGGUACUUAAACUGGUGGGAAGUGAUCGAUCGCAUAGAAAUUUGGUCCUUUACCCCUCCAGGAGAUGUCCAUCUUUAGGCCCACGGAGGGAAUCAAUGGCACGUAACCAUGUAGUCCUCUCCCAUUGGGACUUAGUACAACUCAUGUGUAGCGGGCUGCUCUGUCCAUCAUGCCCUGUCUUCCUUGAUCAUCCUCCCUCAUCUCAUCCACUCUCCUCCUCCAUCAUGGGCAGUCCAUACCAAAACACCUUCAGUCCCGUCUCAUCCACCCACCUCUCAUUCAUCUCCAUCCCCACUCGCCUCCAACAACGCCCAGGAACAUUUCCACGCGACUCACCCCGCUCAACGGGUUCCCUCGGCUUACCCCGCCGCAGCACUAUUCCAACAGUCCUCUCCUCUUCACCGCCCUCACCGCAAUCCUUCAACUCGUCAUCACUGCCCCACUACCCGACGAGCUGCCCCAACUGCUGCCUACCAUUACUGGACGACACAAUGCCAGCACUCGGGACCUCCGCAAUCGUCAAGCCCAGCCAACUCUCCCACCAUCUCCCGCCAACCGCCGGCACAAGCACCGAGUCCACCUGCUGCGUAAGCGCCCAAUCCGUCACCUCCUCCCUCCUCUCCAACCCCGUAGCAGGCGGCAACUUCGUCAUCUUCCGGCGCAAGACCCGCACGUCGUCCGUGCUGCCACCCCAGCCGCAGACAAAAGCCCCAACAGCGUCACAAGUCACCUCAGCAGCGCAGACGGGCACAACCGUAGCCGUAACACCCACCUCGAUCCCCGCGGUACCAACACAGACAUGGGACGUCGUGUCCGGGCACGGCUUCGAGUUAACACCACGGGGGAGCAUCCUCUACCGGGGGCGGGAACGAGCGCUGGAGUCCGCCUUCGUGGCCACGUGGACCAGCGACCGCGGCACACUGAAAAAGCUCACGCCUCUCGCGGGCUCGCGCCAGGAAAUGCGCUUCGCCCUCCACGGCCCCGGGAACCAUACGAGCUUCUUCCGGACCUUUGGCGAGUGCAAUGGAAAGGGCUCGUGGAGACGCCUGCUGGGCGAGGAUGUAGCCGAUGAGAAGCCGACCCAUACCGUGCGUAUGCACCUGCCCGAGGUGCUGGCGCAGAUGGUCGCCCUCGGUGUCGAUGCGAAGGAUCUAGUCGCGUGUCUGAAGCAGGGAGAGCAUGGCACGCUGAGACUCGAUUUUAAGCCCGGGAAGUGGACGACGCCCGAGGAGAGGGAGUUGGAGAUUACUGGGAGGGAAAAGGCCUGGGAUAAGACGAAGGUGUGGAAGAAGGGGUGGUGGUAUACCGACAGGUUGGGGACGGAGGUUUGGAUCAGUUAGGCGUGACCGGUGGUUGGCUGUUGAAGAGUGCUGAUGGACGACGGAGAACGACUAUGCGUGCAAGGUUUUUAAUGGGCUGUGAGAGCGUCGGAUGGCUGUAUGAGUUCUAUUGUCAUUGCCGGAGGAAGUAUCAUUCAAUGCGGGACAUUGAUAGCCAAUGCAAUGCUGUUUUAUGUAAU